GUCCUCUCUCGUUUCGGAGCCGCCAGCCAGACGCAGCCAGCAUGAGGGAGAUCGUGCACAUCCAGGCCGGCCAGUGCGGCAACCAGAUCGGGGCCAAGUUCUGGGAGGUCAUCAGUGAUGAACAUGGCAUAGACCCCAGUGGCAACUACGUUGGGGACUCGGACCUGCAACUGGAACGCAUCAGUGUCUACUACAAUGAGGCUUCCUCUCACAAGUAUGUGCCUCGAGCCAUCCUGGUGGACUUGGAGCCCGGGACCAUGGAUAGUGUCCGAUCUGGAGCAUUUGGGCACCUCUUUAGGCCUGACAACUUCAUCUUUGGCCAGAGUGGGGCUGGAAACAACUGGGCCAAGGGCCACUACACAGAGGGUGCAGAGCUGGUGGACUCUGUCCUGGAUGUCGUGCGGAAGGAGUGUGAGAACUGUGACUGCCUACAGGGCUUCCAGUUGACCCACUCACUGGGUGGGGGUACAGGUUCAGGCAUGGGCACACUGCUAAUCAGCAAGGUGCGUGAGGAAUACCCCGACCGCAUCAUGAACACCUUCAGUGUGGUGCCCUCGCCCAAAGUGUCAGACACUGUGGUGGAGCCCUACAACGCCACGCUGUCCAUCCACCAGCUGGUGGAGAACACGGAUGAGACCUACUGUAUCGACAACGAGGCCCUGUACGACAUCUGCUUCCGCACCCUCAAGCUUGCCACACCCACCUAUGGGGACCUCAACCACCUCGUGUCAGCCACCAUGAGCGGGGUCACCACCUCCCUCCGCUUUCCCGGCCAGCUCAAUGCUGAUCUACGUAAGCUGGCUGUGAACAUGGUGCCCUUCCCCCGCCUGCACUUCUUCAUGCCUGGCUUUGCGCCACUCACAGCCCGGGGCAGCCAGCAGUACCGCGCCCUGACGGUGCCUGAGCUCACCCAGCAGAUGUUUGAUGCCAAGAACAUGAUGGCUGCCUGUGACCCCCGCCAUGGCCGCUACCUGACAGUGGCCACGGUCUUCCGUGGGCGCAUGUCCAUGAAGGAGGUGGAUGAGCAGAUGCUGGCCAUCCAGAGCAAAAACAGCAGCUACUUUGUGGAGUGGAUCCCCAACAACGUGAAGGUGGCCGUGUGUGAUAUCCCACCUCGUGGGCUCAAGAUGUCCUCCACCUUCAUUGGCAACAGCACGGCCAUCCAGGAGCUGUUCAAGCGCAUCUCGGAGCAGUUCACGGCCAUGUUCCGGCGCAAGGCCUUCCUGCACUGGUACACGGGCGAGGGCAUGGACGAGAUGGAGUUCACGGAGGCCGAGAGCAACAUGAAUGAUCUGGUGUCCGAGUACCAGCAGUACCAGGACGCCACAGCCGAGGAGGAGGGCGAGAUGUAUGAAGAUGAUGAGGAGGAAUCUGAGGCCCAGGGCCCUAAGUGA